GAAAGAGCACGUGCGAGAGAGACACUUGUAAGUCCAGCCAUCGCAAGUCAGACUCCCUCCUUGGAGUCCCGUGAAGUGAGGAUGAUUCCAAAUGUGGUGCCUUUUCACGCUGAUAUAUUCCAUCCUAGUUCUUGGCAGUGCUUAUGAUGUCUUUCAGGAUAGAAAAUCUGUGAACCCUGAAGCAAAUAUGAAUAUUAGCCAAAUAAUUUCCUACUGGGGUUACCCCGAUGAAGAGUAUAAUGUUGUAACAGAAGAUGGUUAUAUCCUUGGCCUUUAUAGAAUUCCUUAUGGGAAGACAAACAGUAACAAUUCAGCUCAAAGGCUUGUUGUAUAUUUGCAACAUGGUUUACUUACCUCUGCCAGCAAUUGGAUUUCCAAUCUUCCCAACAACAGUCUAGGCUUCAUUCUUGCAGAUGCUGGUUAUGAUGUGUGGAUGGGAAACAGCAGAGGAAAUACAUGGUCCAGGAAACAUGUAUACCUAGAAACAAAUUCCAGUGAGUUCUGGGCUUUCAGUUUUGACGAGAUGGCUAAAUAUGACCUUCCAGCUUCCAUUGAUUUCAUAGUGAAGCAAACUGGACAAGAAGAAAUAUUUUAUGUAGGCCAUUCACAGGGCACUACUAUUGCUUUUAUAACAUUUGCAACCAUACCAAAGAUAGCUGAAAAAAUCAAAAUAUUCUUUGCCUUAGCACCAAUUGUUUCUAUUAAACACAUGAAAUGCCUUUUACUUAAAAUGGCAAUCAAGUGGAAGUUAGCAAUCAAGGCACUUUUUGGAAACAAAGACUUCUUCCCUCAAACUUCAUUUAAUAAUUUCCUUGGUUCAAAACUGUGUCCACGACGGAUUUUGGAUAAGAUUUGCCUCCAUACCUUGUUUACGAUGUUUGGACAUGAUUCAAAUAACUUAAAUAUGAGCCGUUUGGAUGUUUAUUUUUCACACAAUCCAGCAGGAACAUCUGUUCAAAAUAUUCUCCACUGGAGUCAGCUUCAAUAUUCUACUCACUUGAAAGCUUUUGACUGGGGGAGUGCUGCUCUGAACAUGGUUCAUUUUAAUAAGACAACUCCUCCAUCGUACAAUGUGACAAAUAUGAACGUGACAACUGCAACUUGGAAUGGUGAGAAGGACUUGUUGGCUGACCCUGAAGAUGUUAAAUUUUUAUAUUCUGAAAUCACAAACAUCAUUUACCACAAAUCCAUUUCUCAUUACAAUCACAUGGACUUUUUGUUUGGAUUAGAUGCCUACCAUCAGGUUUACCAUGAAAUCAUUGAUAUUAUCCAAGAUAAUCUAUAAACAUCCCUGGUAUUUUGUACUUAAGGACUUAAAUACUUCCUAUUCCAAUCCAAUUAUUUUUCUCACUUUUUAUUUUUUACAUAUUUAAAUAAAGAAUUCAACA